AUGAAUACCAACUUUCCUAUAACUCGUUCAUCUGGAAGUGACAGCGACUUUAAUGAAGCUGAUUAUAUGAACAUUGCUCAAGAGGUUUUUGCCUUUGCUCUUUCUCAACAAGAAAGAAUCCAAAAUGAGCUUAACUGUGAUGAUCGAACCUUCUUAAUCGCAAUCCAUAAUCAAGACAUGGCUAGCACAGAAGAGAAUGAUUAUGAAGCAUUUGUGACUGCAGGAGAAGUCCAAAGUACUGGAGAUCCAAUGGAUAUUGAAUUUGAAAGUAAUUACAUUGAAAGCAAUAAAUACAGAAGCAAAAACUAUGAUAGUGACAGUAGCAAUGACUAUUCGCCCAAGGCUGCUACAUUAGAGUUAUUAUUUAUGUUUAUCAAAAAUAACGUAUCUCGUAAUGUUUUUGACAAGUGUGUCAAGAUUGUAAAUAAGUAUAUGGUAGAAUGUGGAUUGCCUACAAACAGUUCAUUUCUGUCAUACUACAAGAUGGAUAUGCUGCUAAAGGAGGAAUACACUGUCUGUACAGACGUUUAUGAUAUAUGCAAGGAAGGUUGCACAUGCUUCCAUGUUGUAGAAGCUGGAAAUCAGACAUUCAAGGUUGUGUCUCUCUCACAACAGUUGAAAUUCAAGCUAAGAAAUAACCAGGAACGAGCCAAAAUGGCGUACGGUAGAAGCUGUAUCAUGGGUGAUCAUGUUGGUGAGUUGUUAGAUGUGUUCAAUGAUAAUGCUUUCAACUCAUUUGAUGAUACCAAGAUGUCAGCAACUAUAAUUCAUGUUAUCAAUCUUAAUAUUGACCCAGAAGAAAGAUAUGAGAGUGACAACAUGAUGCAGCUGACGAUUAUAUCUGGACCAAAGCAUCCAAAAAAUAUUGGAUCCUUCUUGGAGCCAAUUAUGAAAGAUUUGCAGAUGCUGGCAACUUCAGAUAUCUGGAUACAGGCCCUCACAGAGCAGGUGAACAUAAAAGCUCAUUUUAUAAUGGCAACCAGUGAUACUCCAGCCGUGGCAGACUUGAUGAACCUUGUUGUGGGGAGAAAAUAA